GUCGCUCAGCGGUCGUGCUGUAUCGUGAGGCUGAACGUUGGCGUGAGUCCCGUUUGCCUUUUGCACGACGUAGUUGCAGACCUGGUUUCCUGUGGUUGACGGCUGUUCGCAGACGAUAAACCCUGAACAUUUGAGCUAGUGUUCAACGCUCUGCUCUCCUGUGAGAACUUUCAUCUCCACUUAACGUCCGUCGAGCGAUUUUUGAAAUGGCGUCUUUGGACGACUACCAUUUCUUGGAGGGCUUUAAGAGAAAACAAAUAAAGCUAACUACGAGAGGCAGUACGUUCAUUGGCGUCGUUCAGCGCAUUAAUCUGAACAAGACAAUCAUUCUCGAGGACGUGGUCGAAGUUAAAAGUGGUAGGAAGCUUCCCGGAGCUAAACUCUUCUUUGGACACGAAGUCCUGAACAUAGAGUUUCCCAGCGUUUCCAGAGAAGACGACGAGGGCAACAGUAGAGACCACGCCAGCCUGGGGCGGCUGUGUGUGGCCGAGUUCCAGCCAUACAAGCGCGGACUGAUGCUGGAUGAUGAAGAUGAAGAGCAUGUGAACUACGUGGUGGUAGACGAGUUCCAUGAGAAGUUUGGUCCUGCAGUGAUGCACAUUAAGAAACAACAAGUGGUUGGGAUCGGAGCUGAUGGAGUUGGUGUGUUCCAGCACGAGAGGCUCUGUUGGCUGCAGAUUGCCACCAAAAACAAGGUCUACCUCUUCGACAUCCUACUGCUUGGGGGUCGAGCUUUCAAGAAUGGGCUGUCCAUGAUUCUGGAAAGUAACCACAUACUAAAGGUCACUCAUGACUGUCGCUGUAUUGCAGGGUGUCUGUUGGCUCAGUUUGGAGUGAACCUCACUAAUGUGUUUGACACCCAGGUGGCCGACAUUAUGCACUUCUAUUCAGAGACAGGAGGGUUUCUGCCAGACAGGGUCAGCACGCUCCAGGAGGUGGUCAGCUUUCAUCUGAAAAUGCCCCUGAGGCACCUUUCUUCUCUCAGGAUCAAGACCCAGCUCGCAAGGGAGGACAACGAGGUUUGGUAUGUCCGUCCUUGCCCAGUUCCUCUGCUGAAGGUCAUGGCCUUGUCAGUGAUCCACCUGCAGCCUUUGCGUCUAGUGCUCCUGGAUGCCCUCAUGUCUGACUAUACCAACCUAGUGGACUCCUACUUGAGCAGCAGCCAAGACGAACCUGUGCACACACAGCAUAUUGGCAAGAGUGUGUUGGAGCUUCCCAAGGAGCUGCGAGAGCUGGAGGUGAUUAGGCAGGGGCGACAGGAGUGGGCUGUGAACCAUUACCCUGUUACUGAAAAUGGCCUUCUGGAGCGCUACAACGUCAAGCCUUCCUUGGAACCAUCAGAUCCUCAGAGUGUGGAGUGUCCAGGGCCAGAAGAGACAGCCUGCACUAGGCCAUCUCUGCUAGAAGGUGAGUCAGCCCUUCUUAAGACAUCUGCAACCCAUCUCACCAGAGCUAGGUCAGCGGAGGAUCUCACUGAUUUCACAGCACUGGGUAGAGGGAAGCCACCAGAUAAGGAAAGCGCCUCUAUCACCACAUCCGUCCCUGUGUUAGGAAGAGGGUUCACCGUAUUGCCACCAGUAGAGGAUCCAAGAGAACGUCUGCUGCACAAGGAAAGUGAGCUAGUAGUUCCUGAUGGUCUGGAUUCAGUCUCACAACCCAUCUCCAUCAUGGCAGGUGUGGCCCAGAGGGGGUCCCAUCCAGCUACUCCACUGUCCUUGGGCAGAGGGCUCUUCAACACGCCAAUAAGCUUGGCCUCCCCUCGCGCUCUCUCCUUCAGUUCCUCUUGGAAGCCAUGUUAAAAAAAAAGUUAAUGGAAAGUUAAUGGAGUGUCUGACGUUGUUUUACAAAUCCUCUGCUGCAGUGUUUAUUUCGUUUGGUAAAAAAAAUGGUCUGACAUAAAAGCAGUUAUUUUGGCUUGUUAAUCUAUGUUGUUGCCUUUUGUUACUGUCAUAGCUUGACCAAGGCGUUGAAGUCAUUCUUGUAGUUCUAACAGAGUGACAUUUAAAGCACUUGUUGGGUAAAACACUGAACCGUGGCCUGCCAUUUCUCAUUAUUAUUUUCAUUUCAGAUGUGCUAAGUGCUUCACUUGCUUGGAGAGUACAUCUUAACCGCAGUGCCUCGUUGUGUAGGUAGGUGGCAGUGUUGCCCACAGAGUGAAAAAGCAUUGCGUUUCCAGAGUUUAAUCAGUUCAGUUAAUGAGUCAGAUUCUGAUAAAUUGCUUUGAGUGUACUGGAGUUACUCUGGAACAUAUCACGACACAGUGUGAGUCUUGUGAUGCUCCCGUUUCCAUUCUGAUAUCUCAGUACAAUAAACAUUUCACUUCACAUUCAA